AUGGGAUCAAAUGAUGCACAAACCGAACAAAAGCCUCUGCUCGCCACUGAGUCAGAGGAGAAAGAUGUCAACAGAUCCAAAAAACGCCAGCCAAAACCCACAAUUGUCUACGACUUCUUGAUGUGGCUGUCGCUGAUUGUAACCGAUAUCUUCUUUAGGGAAGUCAAAUUCACGGGAACCUUCAACAUACCAGUGAGUGGACCGGCUAUCAUCGUGAUAGCACCACACGCUAAUCAGUUUCUGGAUGGAGCGCUGACUAUGCUGGCACUCAAAAAAGCCGUCAACAGACCACUACACUUUGUCGAAGCUGCUACUUCGUUGAAAAGGCAGAUAGUUGGCAAGUUAUCGCGGAUGUCUGGCGCCAUCCCCGUCGAGCGACCCCAGGACCUUCUCCGGCCCGGUCCGGGAACCAUCACGUUUUCAAAUUACGAAACAGAUCCUUGUCUCUUGGUUGGUACUGGCACACAGUUCACCAAAGAUUGCGAAGUUAAAGGGCUGAUUGGCCUUCCUCAUUCGGCCGGGUCAUCCAAAAUCCAAGAAGUGGUUAGCGACACAGAAAUCCGCAUUUCCAAGCCUUUCAAGACAGGGAUUGCCGUGGACAUGAUCAAGAGUGGAACUCCUUACAAAGUUGCACCCAAAGUGGAUAACGGUCAUGUUUUCAAUGCUGUUUUCGCCCAAUUGCACCGUGGUGGUGUUGUUGGGAUAUCUCCGGAGGGUGGAUCUCACGAUAGGACAGAUCUAUUGCCUUUGAAACCUGGCGUUGCCAUCAUGGGGCUCGGUGCCGUUGCCGAAGACCCCACAUACCCGAUCAAGAUUGUUCCUUGUGGCAUGAACUACUUCCACCCUCAUAAGUUCCGUUCCAGAGCUGUGUUGGAAUUUGGUACACCCAUCGUGCUCACUGCAGAGGAUGGUGCAAAGUAUCGUGAAAAUCCAAGGGACACAGUGAGUGCCCUUCUGAAGACUCUCACGGAUGCCAUGAAGACAGUGACUGUGACAUGUCCUGAUUACGAGACUUUGAUGAUCAUCCAGGCCGCCCGUAGGCUUUACGACUUCCCCAUCAAACCUGUACCCCUGGGUGCUGUUCUCGAUAUGAACAGAAGGCUUAUUAUUGGUUAUACAAGAUACCAGGACGAUCCGCGAAUUAUGCACUUGAAAGAUUCUGUUCUCAGAUACAACGCUAAGCUCGAACAACUCGGGAUUAGAGAUCACCAAGUGGAGAUCGCGCGCGUGGGAAAGCCAAGAGUAUUUUUCAGACUUCUUCAAAGGGUGGCCAGUCUUGCGAUCAUGGCAACACUUAGUCUUCCUGGCACUCUUUUGUUUUCACCGGUGUUUAUAGCUGCUAAGGUGAUAUCAGCCAAGAAGCAGAGAGAUGCAUUGGCGAACUCUACAGUCAAGAUCAAAGCCAACGAUGUUUUGGGCAGUUGGAAAGUUUUGGUGGCGAUGGUGGUGGCACCAUUGUUGUAUUUCACAUAUUCUCUUCUUGGUACAAUUCUUCUGAGGAGAUACGAAAUUGUUCCGGUUGUUUCCAAGUUGCAUCCUCUGGUCAUAUUUUGUUUGAUAUGGGCUGUUCUGGUAAGCACCACGUUUGCAGCCUUCUGGAUUGGUGAGGUGGGUAUGGAUAUCUUCAAGUCGAUCAGACCAUUGUUCUCAGCUCUUGGGCCGAAUCAAAACAUGCUGCAGGAAGUCCAGGAAGAAAGAAGAAGGCUGACCAUGGAAGUGACAGGGGUUUGCAAUGAUCUCGGACCGAAGGUGUUCCCCGACUUCAACCGGGUGAUCCAGAAGAGCAUUCAUAAAGGACUGGAUGAGGAGGAGGAAGAGAGAGAAGACACUGCCAAAUCUGUAAGCAUGCGGUCACAAUCAUCCUCAUCACUGAACUCGAUUGUUUCGACUGGACCCAGUUCUAUUGCGAGUGUUGGUCCUUUGGAAAACCUUGGUGAUAUCCAAAUCUUUUCUGAUACUCCGGCCCGGACCCGUCGACCAUCUGCAGAUGUUUCGAACUGGAUUGAGCAGGCGGUGAUAUCAAAGAACAGAGAAAAGUUGAAAGAGCUUUGA